AUGGGUGGUCGACAGUCAUCAGUCACCGAAGAAAGACCUCGAAGUAACUCGGUGGAUACUGCGCAGGUUUCUUCGCACAAUUCGUCGUCUCAAAGACCAAACGUUAUGACAGCCGCAGAGUUCAUGCAGACUAUGCGUAAUGCCCGUUUUUUGAGUUCUUCUUCAGAUUCAAAUGCUUCUGAAGACGACGCUGGUCCAUCACAUUCAAAUCAUGGAAGUCGCUCUCGAGGUGUCCAUUCUCGCCCAGGUCGUCUGCAUGGUCAUCACAGUCGUCGAUCGGUUCCCGUCUUUAUGAUGGAUAUGAAAUGCCCGGUAUGCCACAAAGUUGUUCCUUCCGAUGAUGCUGAUAUCCACUUGGUGAUGUGCUUGACAAGACCUAAAAUUACGUAUAAUGAUGAUGUAUUGAAAGAUGCCAAAGGAGAGUGUGCCAUUUGUCUUGAGGAUCUCGAAGCGGGCCAUAAAAUCGCGCGAUUACCAUGUCUCUGUAUUUAUCACAAACAGUGCAUCGACGAUUGGUUCAAGAGGAAAAAUUGCUGCCCAGAGCAUCCUGGCGAUGACUAA